AUGGUGCAGUUUUCGUCGCCACAUAUAGAAUCAACAAAUCUACAGAUGUCUCCUUCUCCUACUGAAACAUUGCCAGCACCCUAUAGAAAUCCAGUUCGGAAUAGUAUCAGAGGCCCUGUUUCAGGACGAGGUGGUAGACAAGGAUCAGGUUCUCAUGGUCGCUGGUCCAAUAAAGACAGAAGUUGUGGUCCAGAACGAUAUUGCAAGAGGUCCAUGAUGGAAGAUCCAUGGAAGUGUUUGAAACCUAUUAUAUGGUGUUCAACAUAUCAUUUUUCAAAUAUUUCAUUUACAGCUGAGAAUUUAAAACCCCAGGCUCCUUCAGAAUCAACAAGUACAAAAAGGGAGGGACCAUCUGCUAUUUUUAGUAAAUCCAAUUCUGGACCAAGUCACGCUGAGUAUUUGGCUUCUGCGUUCAAUGAAGCUGCCAACACCGAAGAAUAA